AUGGUGUGGUGGGAGAAGGGGAUCCAGGUUGUCCUCACCACUUUGGGGGCGUUUGCAGCCUUUUCCCUGAUGGCGGUGGCCAUUGGGACGGACUACUGGCUGUACGCACGGGCCUUCAUCUGCAACAGCACGGCCAACUCCUCCCAGGAUGACCCCAACAACAAGGACAAGAAAGACCCUGGUGCCCUCACCCACUCUGGCCUUUGGAGGAUCUGCUGUCUGGAGGGGCUGAAGAGAGGAGUGUGUUCUCAGAUCAAUCAUUUCCCGGACGAUGCAGACUAUGAUCAGGAUGCAGCAGAGUAUCUCUUGCGUGUGGUCCGAGCCUCCAGUAUCUUCCCCAUCCUGAGUGCUAUACUCCUCCUGAUGGGAGCCAUGUGUGUUGCAUCCAGCAGCUUCUACAAGAGCAAGAGGAACAUCAUCCUAGGAGGAGGCAUCCUGUUUGUGGCUGCUGGCCUGAGCAACAUCAUCGGCGUGAUCGUGUACAUCUCUGCGGCGCUAAGCGACAUCUCGCCCAAGAAGGACGAGGACAAGAAGUGGCAUUACUCGUACGGCUGGUCCUUCUACUUCGGAGGCCUCUCCUUCAUCCUGGCUGAGAUGGUGGGCGUCCUGGCCGUCAACAUUUACAUCGAGAAGAACAAGGAGCUGCGCUGCCGCUCUCGCACCGAACUCUUCAAGAGCACCACGAACGCCAUGCUCCGCCUGCCCAGCUACCGCUUCCGCCGGCGCUCCCGCUCCAGCUCGCACUCUACCGACCCGCCACGCUCCCCCCGUGACACCUCACCCACAGACGCCAAGAGCUUUGCAUUACCGCCGUCUGCCCCGCCUUUCUCUGUGGCCACCCUUCCCAACCCGCACCAUGCUGGUGGAGGAGUAGGGGGCGAUAUCUCCAUGUAUACCCUGACCCGGGACUCCAAGAUGGGGAGUCUUGGUGGCGGCGGGCCCCCCCUCUACGGCACGGUGGACCGGGCCUCCCUCUACCAGCUGCACAGCUACUUCCCCAAUGAGGAAGUGGGGGUGAUGAUGAGCGGCACGCUGCCUUCUCUCUCCAAGUCCAACCUCUCUGCGGCGGGCCAGAAUGCCGCGGUCGGCGGCACUGCCAUUGCGCCCCUGAAUACCUUGUCGUCCUCCGGUCCUACCCCCCAGCAGCCACCUCUGUCCACAGGCACCAUGGAGAGAGAGAGGGGCAUGGGCACCCUGGACCGGCUGGGGGGCAAACGGAACAGGGACACUGACUCGGACACGCUGAACAGGAGAACCACGCCAGUGUGA